CAGGAAACAACAAACAAUUCUCAAGUCUUCUCCCUUCAAGAAAGCUGUUUCUACCUCUGGCCUAAGCUAACUUUGCCAUCUCCCUCGGAAUUCUGGGUGUUUUCUGGAUUUUAAGCAUGUUACCCGGCGCCUGGUUAGCCAAUUAGCUCACCCAGAUUCCCAGCUUUCAUUUAAAAGAAAGAAAGAAAUGGGGAGGGGGGAAGCUAAGUUCUAGGCCUUGUAGAAGUGGUGUUAAGGAACAAAACUUGUGGUCAGCAUUCUGUUCAACUGCUGGACUUCGAGUAAGAAAAUAAAGAUGAUGACGACUUUAAACCGAACACCUCCCCUCGCGCCCCCCCCCCCCACCGCCAAAGCUGUGGAAAUAAACACAGAUUUGCAGCAAGGUGCAGGUAUUCUCUGGUUUGUGAUUGGAUAAACCAGGCCAAUGAGCUCACGGGGGAAGGCAGAACUUGGAUAGUCAAGGGAGGAGGGCUGAUUUGCGACAGGGCCUGUGAGAGAGGAAGAUUACAACCCGUGGAAAGGCAGAAACUUGCGGCAGCCGCGUUAAAUUGGGUCUUGUUUCGUUUCGGAUGCAUCAACAAGAUACAGCCUUUAAAGAGAGAGAUUUAUUGGGAAGAAAGUGCUUUGGCUUCGAUUGAGGCCGCCGCCGCUGCAGCAGUAGAUAUCUGGGCAGAGAGGGGUUAUUAUUGGACCGGCGGCUCACGCUGCUGCUUUCUGGGGGAAGAAGAAGAGCAGGAGGAGGAGGAGGACCCGAAUUCCCUGUAGUCGAUAGAAACUGGUGGAAGUUUCUGGUCAUGAGGAAGAAAGCAGAGUACUGGAAGGGACGCUUGGAUCUCUGACUUUGAACCGCAAUUUGCAUGGAGCAUCCAACGCUACAGGAGAGAUGCAUUUUCCAUAAAUAAAUUCUUCCCUCCGCCUGACGCUCUGUCUGCAUGUCCCAUGGGCUACAGGCUGCUUUGAAACAAGGGAUGGCUCUGUUCUGAGCGGAUCCGCCUAUGUUGGGAAAGAGUGAUAAAAACUGAACUUGAGAAGAGUUGGGGAGAUGAUGGAGGACUUUACCACCAGGACCUAUGGGACCAGAGGGCUGGACAACCGCCCUCUCUUUGGAGAGACUUCACCAAGGGAUAGAGUAAUCAAUUUAGCUGUUGGCAGUGUAACAUCCUUGCUGCUGAUAGUCACUCUAAUCAGUGCUUUUGUCUUUCCUCAACUACCUCCAAAACCGGUGAAUAUAUUUUUUGCUUUCUGCAUCUCCUUGUGUAGUGUUUCGGCUGGCAUUCUUAUCUACUGGUAUCGACAAGGAGACCUAGAGCCCAAAUUUAGGAAUCUAAUUUACUACAUCUUGUUUUCAAUUAUCAUGUUAUGUAUAUGUGCCAAUCUCUACUUCCAUGAAGUGGGUAAAUGACUGUUACAGGACAUACUUCAAUGUGCAUCAAGAUGGUCUAAAGCCACCACCACAGGAAAUGUUCUUACAAACAUUUGGAUCAAACUGAUCCUAAAAGGAGAUAUCAUCAGCUAAGGGUCAAACGGGUAUUUGAGUUUUCAGAUGUAUACUUAAUGGUCCUUCCUUCUGGUGGGGUGAAAUAUUGCCAUAUGUCAUUUCUGCAUUUUUGUGGGGGGAGAGCUACUAGUGCACUUAAUGAACAUUCCAAUUAUACACUUGUUUUUCAGAAUGGCACGAGCUUUUCCCUUUUGGGGGAAAAAUUGCAUUUUUUACACUGUACAAAAACUGCAGCACUGCAAAUGUCUGUACCACAGUAUAAAUAAAGGCAUCCUACUGUUACAGAAAACAAA